UUCUCGCCAAUCAGGUCGCCGUGAUUUUCCGCUUCUCUUCCUCGUGGGAACGAGUGCUUUCGAAAUUCGCAAAGUUUUUCUUCUGCUCCGCCCUUCGAUCUCGAAACCUGUGGCGGAAACGAGGCCUCUCCCGAUCCAGCCGAUCCAGCUCGCCGGUUUUCCAGGGAGACGAGAGGCGAGAUGGACCCGGAUGCAGUCAAAUCCACUCUCUCCAACUUGGCAUUUGGGAAUGUAAUGGCUGCCGCCGCUCGCGAUUAUCAAAAGGAGGUACUAGCCCAACAAAAAGCUCAAACUUCCACUUCUACCCACCAGGAGGUUGAUCUUGAUGAGUUGAUGGAUGAUCCUGAACUGGAAAAAUUGCAUGCUGAUCGGAUUGCUGCCCUCAAGAAAGAAGCUGAGAAGCGCCAAGCAUUGAAGCAGCAGGGUCAUGGCGAAUACAGGGAGAUAACCGAGGGCGAUUUCUUGGGCGAAGUCACCAGGAGUGAAAAAGUGAUCUGUCACUUUUAUCACCGAGAGUUUUACCGUUGCAAAAUAAUGGAUAAGCAUCUGAAGACUCUUCCUUCAAAGCAUUUGGAUACCAAGUUCAUCAAGCUCGAUGCAGAGAAUGCGCCCUUUUUCGUGGCCAAACUAGGAGUCAAAACAUUGCCUUGCGUCAUACUUUUCAGGAAAGGGAUCGCAGUAGAUAGACUAGUGGGAUUUCAAGAUCUUGGAGGGAAAGAUGAUUUUUCUACAAGGGCACUGGAAGCUCUUCUGAUUAAGAAAGGCAUAGUAAGUGAGAAGAAGGAUGAUGUAGUCAAUGAAGAUAAUGAAUGUCUGGAGAAUAGGCACAGAUCUGUGAGAUCUUCUGUGGAUCCAGAUUCCGAUUCUGACUAAAACUGGAAAGCAAAUUCCAGCUCUUUUCUCGAAGAUCUUGUAGCUUUCACCGGCGCAUGUUGUAUAAUUGUUCUCAUUUUUGUUUGCUAUCCUGUUUUCACCAUUUAAAUGCAGUCGACAUGCAUUUCCUGAAAGUUUGAAGCUUGAUUCUGUAUCUGACUAGAAAAGAAAACCAAAUGCAGCUUUUUCUUGAAUC